AUGGCAAAAUCCAGUCCCGAACACCGGUUUGAAGUCCGGGAAAUUCAAACAAAAGAAGAAUACGCCCGUCUGGUUGACGUCCUCUGGACUGCCAAUUUCCAGCCCUACAAUCCUAUCUUCACAGCCGUCCAUCCCGUAACAGGGCACUCGGCUUCGGACAGAAAAGCAGACAAAGCAUUUGAUGCUGAAAUCCGCUGGGCCGCUCACAUAAAGAAUCCAGCGUCGCACUUUAUUUACGUUCUUGAUCUACACACAGGCCGGGUUGCAGGUGGAUGCGAAUGGCUCAUCUUCCAUGAAAAUCCUUUUCCGCAUGGACCGCAGAAGAUCCCAUGUACUUGGUACCCCGAAGGCUCGGAAAGAGCCGAAUAUACUAGUGCCUUCUUGUCUCAAGUGUUUUUCUAUCGCAUGUCCUGGUUCAAGAGACCCCAUGCCGGCGUCAAUGCCAUGGGCGUGCAUCCCGAUUACCGUCGGCGUGGCGUAGGCAGGCUGCUCAUGCAAUGGGGUCACGAGCGGAUCGAUGAGUUGGGGUACGAGAGCUUCAUUGAAGGGAGCCCGAUGGGACGGUGGCUGUACGAGGAAUUUGGGUAUCGACGCGUGGUUAGUUUGCAUGUUGAUUUGGACAAAAGAAAUCCGAGUGAGGAGUGGUCGAGAUUGUUACAUGAGUGUCGUCCACCAGCGAUAUUGUUGCUAUGGAGGCCCCCUAGAGGAAGCUGGGAUGGGAACGUGCCGGACGGCCCAUGGGCGGUUGAGGACGGGACAUGGAAGUAA